AACGAGUAGGAAGAAUUACUUCCGGGUGUAUUCACGUGUUGUAUUAUUUUCGAGUGUUUUUGCUCCUUUUGGGUUUUAAACAUCAUGUUACUUUUAUCAAACAGAAUCAGGUUUUGUUCUCAGUUAUUUACCGCUGUUCGUGUUUAUAGCAGCACAGCCGCUAUGAAAAAUCCCAGAGUUUACUUUGACAUUGCUGCAGAUAACGAGCUUCUCGGCAGAGUGACCUUCGAGCUCAAUGCAGCUGUUGUGCCAAAAACUGCAGAAAACUUCCGAGCGCUGUGCACCGGGGAGCACGGCUUUGGUUACAAGGGGUCGACUUUCCACAGGGUCAUUCCUCAGUUCAUGUGCCAGGGCGGAGAUUUCACAAACCACGACGGAACUGGAGGGAAAUCAAUCUACGGAUGGCGCUUUCCUGAUGAGAACUUCAAGCUGAAGCACACGGGAGCCGGUAUCUUGUCCAUGGCCAAUGCUGGGCCACACACCAACGGCUCUCAGUUCUUCAUCUGCACUGGGAAAACAGAAUGGCUGGAUGGGAAGCAUGUCGUAUUUGGCAGUGUCGUGGACGGAAUGGAAGUCAUCACAAAAGUGGAGACUCUGGGUUCCCGGUCUGGACGCACCUCCAAGAAGAUCACCAUCAUGGACUGUGGAGAGCUGGAUUAGACUUCAUUGUCCGGCUCUCCUGCUAACAUUCUACCGCUCACAGUCGGCACAGAAUAAACUGUGUCGGGCUUCUAAAUGUGAACCUGUUAUAAAAUAACUGUGGUUGUGUUAAAAUGAGAAACA